UCGGUCAAAAAGUGAUGAGGUGUUGGCUUAUAAACAUUUUGGCACAAGUCGCCCUUCGUGAAAUAAGAAAGCAGUGCAUAGCGGAUUUUCGUGCCGUAGAUAUUUUCCAUUGAGGGACCAAUGUUAUUCUAGUAACACAACGAAAUUGCCGGGACAUCUGAUUAGUAAAUAUGUACCCCCAUAGCAAUCGUAGUGGUCGAGGUGGAUUACACAAGGCUGAGAGGGAGGUGGAAUACACGAAACCAAGAUACUCCGAGUCUCGGGACUUCCCACUCUCUGGCUAUCAGGAAUCUUUAAGAGGCCCUGCCUCGUCGCGGGGAUCGUCUGACCAGUUUUAUAGACCGUACAGCAUUGAACCCCCAGCAGACUACCGGGAGAUGAGGAGAGAGGAUAAAGCGUCCAGCAGCAGAUCUGAUGAGGAGGACAAUGGAUCGUUUGCCAACUCCAUCGAACAAAGAAAAUCUCUUCGGAAGUUACUGGGGCGUUUUGCCGAUAAAACGGCCAUGCAGGGAGUUGGUUACAUAAACUCAGCGAGAUAUUGGUACUCAAAAGCUCUGUGGUUGUUUCUACUGUUGGUAGCCGUUGGCUGGAUGGUGUUUCAUCUCAUUUAUUUAAUAACACAAUUUGUGGAGCUUCCCGUUCAAACCAAAAUUUCUCUUGGAUUCAACAAUCUUCAGUUCCCGGCCGUCACACUGUGCAAUAUGAACACAGUGAAAUUAUCAGAACUACCGACUACCUCAGUUGCGUUGCAGAACUUCGUCGCCCUCACCGACCCCAGUAAAUUCAAACCCGAGGAAAACAUUCCUGGCGGGCCUCCCGGACCACCUCCUGGGCCGUCUGGUAGAAAGAGGAAGAAAAGGUUUAUCAAAGAAUUUGAUAACGUAAAUUUCGACAACCUGACGGAUUAUGGAGAUUACUAUGACGACCCUAGUAACAGGGAUGAAGCGUUUAAGGACGCUCAGAAGGACAACCUGUAUCAGGUCGAGAACACGUUCAAGAAUCUCUAUCUCACAAUGCCAAGGGGUGUUAGAGUCAAUUCUGGACACCAAAUUCGUGAUAUGCUGUUGGGAUGUUCCUUCAAUGGCUACAAGUGUUUUUCUGUAAAUUUCACUUUGGUGAACACCCAGGACUAUGGGAACUGUUUCACAAUACAAUCUAGUAGUUAUAUAACAAAAAACCCUGGUCCAAAAUCAGGAUUGUCUCUGAUAUUAUACACUGAAAAUGAUGAAUACCUCAACGGUAUCAGUCAGGGUCAUGGCAUGCGUUUACUAAUCCAUGAGCAAGGCACAUUCCCGAUGCCAAACGACGAAGGGAUAUUAAUUUCUUCCUCCUUUGAAACAAAUAUUGGGUUGCGUUUGACGGAUAUAACCCGCGCCACGCCCCCUCAUAGGUACUGCGAAGAUGGUGUACAAUUCAAACAGCGAUACAACGUUGGAUACUCCAGAUCGGUGUGUCGUAUAUUCUGUGAGCAAAAUACCUUGUUGGCAGAGUGUGGCUGUUUUUCCCACGAAUACAAGGAAUUCUUUUUCUUUGCCAAUAACACUAACCAAAAUAAAUGGUGUCGCACACAGAAAGAAAUUUCCUGUAUCGGAAAGAUUGUGAGGGAAUUUAAUUCCCAGAAGAGACAAUGUACAUGUUUGAACCCUUGCACGGAGAAAAAGUAUUCGUUGUUUCCAAGUAGUCGACAGUGGCCAACAGAAUCGUACGCAACUACAUUAAUGCAAGGACUUUGUGAACAGUUUCCUGGAAAAUGUCAAAGGAUAGUUAACUUGAGAUCAGAUCCGCGAUCACUAAGUUUGAAUUUUGUGAAAGUCACUAUCUAUUAUGAGGAUCUUAACUACGAGGAAUUAAAAGAGGAACCUGAAAUAUCGAAUGCUCAGUUUGCCUCUGACGUGGGUGGAGCCAUUGGGUUGUGGAUUGGUUUGUCCAUUUUAGCUAUAUUUGAAGUAGUCCAAUUAUUCCUUGAACUUUGUGCAUAUGGAGUACACGUGUACCGCUACAAGAAAAGGAAAGCCGAAAAUGUGAGAAGGAAGAGGGAGGAAAAAGCAAAGAAACAAAACGGACAAAUUCCAAAAACAAAUUUUGUGGAAUAUGACAAAACAUACAAACAAAAUUGGGACCAUCAGUUUCACAUGCGUUAACAAACACUUUUGUCUCAACCAAACACAGCUGUCAUUCCCAAAUUUCAAUUCAGUAGUAUCAGUCAUGUUACAAUAUAUGUUUAAGUUUCUAUUUUUAAAUAUAUUCGUUUUAAUAUGAAUCUUGAAUGGUAGCCAAUAACUUUAAUCUCUUUGUAUAUCAAAAGAGUGAUAAUAAUGUUCUAAUGAUACACGCUAUGUUGUGCGAAAUUCAAUAUCAGACGCAAAAUACUUGGAAAUUUUAUAAAACGUCUACGCCUUGUA